CCAUCAGCCCUGACUGGGACCAGUGUCUCCAGCAGGAAAGAGAUGAGGGUUUUGGAGCAACCAGGGGCCGUUUUGGGGCAGGGCAGGGCAGGCUUGAGAGGAGCUGUGGGCAGUGCCCCCCACUCCACCUCAGGGGCAGGCCAGAGCUGCUCCCUCAAAACGUGGAGAACGGCAGUAGCAGUCACCUGAGGAAAGCACCUGCUUCAGCAGUCACAGUUCAGCGUGGGUCGAGAUGCCCUCAGCUUCUGAGCCACCGAGCGCCCCAAACGAAGCUCCCAAUGAAAGGGGCUAUCGGAGCCCGGGACUCCGGGGUGUGCGAACCACCACGCUGUUCCGUGCCGUGAACCCCGAGCUCUUCAUCAAACCUAACAAACCUAUAAUGGCAUUUGGACUCGUAACAAUCACACUGUGUGUGGCCUACAUUGGUUACUUGCAUGCAACACAAGAGAAUAAAAAAGACCUCUAUGAAGCUAUUGACAGUGAAGGAACCAGGUCUAUGAGAAGGAAAACUUCCAAGUGGGAUUAAAGAACUGAUAACUAACAUCAAGAUACAUUUCUUAACAGGGCAAAUAUUCAUAAACUGACUGGCAGUAAACUUUAUGAAUGUAUUGAUCUGAAUCAGUUUUACAAGCCGGUAUCCUGAGUGCUUUUUCCCUGUUCAGCUCUUAAAAUAAUUAAUAAAUUAUUCUUUUGAAAUUUAAUCCAAUUAAGUUGCAUUAUGAUUAUGAAAUACCAUGUGUAUACCUAUAAAUUGUAUAUAAGAUAUGCACAGUAAUAAAAGUAUUGUUAAG